GAAACAAGAACUUUGGCUCAAGCUGAGGGAGCUGGUGUUUUUGGAACGCAACAUGCACUACCUGGGUAUCACUAUCAGAGCAUUUGUCAUCUUCCUACAUUUCUUUGAUGUGACGAUCACAGUCAUGCAGAUGGCUAAUGAGAUUUUCAUUCACAACAAGAGGCACAGAACAGUUUUCUUCUGGUACAACCUGACCUACAUAACAUUCCACAUUGUACUGCUGCUCUUUAGAGUGAGUCAUCAAUUUUUACGGCAUAAUUUUAUUCUUCUUUGUGCUGUUUCUGUUUCCUACUGUCGUGCAACAUCUCAAACUACUCAUCACUUGUAACAUUAUAACUGUAUAACUUAUGUAGUUUUUUUGUAACCCUCCCAGUAUUCAGUGAAGCGAGUUAUGACUCUAUGGGAAGCUAUCAUCCUACUCAUCGUUCCUUUUGGUAUAGUGGACCUCAUGGCCACACACAUCCUGACAACUGAUGAAGUGGUCUUUAAUUUCAUCAUAAUCGCUUUGACAGCAAGUAGAUUUUUUAGAAUUUUACAGAUUGGAGAAGUUUGUCCUGUAAGUAGACGUGUGCGUGAAAUUAAUUACAAAUCUUUCAAGUAUUUCAUAACAUUAAAUCCAACCCAACAGUUAAAAAAAGCAAAAGCUCAUUUGCUAUGUUCCAUGCAUAGUUCUGUUCAAGCCAAAAUUAAUUUCCUUGGUGCACCCUCUUAUUAUACUUUUACUUUAACUCUUUUCUAUUCAGACUCUUAGUAUUAUUAUACUUUUACUUUAACCCUUUGCUAUUCAGACUCUUAGUAUUAUUAUAAUUUUAAUUUAACCCUUUGCUAUUCAGACUCUUAAUAUACUUUUACUUUAACCCUUUGCUAUUCAGACUCUUAUUAUAAUUUUACUUUAACCCUUUGCUAUUCAGACACUUAUAAAAAUGCUGAUAGAAUUCUGCGAGUCGCACAUACGCCAACAUUUAUCAGAGGGUUAUGACAUUGGCCGCAGCUACAUCAGAGGCAGACAGGAAGUUAUGCGGCGUUUGACCAACAUGGAUUUGGACCUUUCUGAUGAUGUGCUGAGCAAAUAUGCAGCAACUUGUAGACAGCAUAAACUUGAAGCUACAAGAAUGAUGGGUCUGUGACCAGGCUGCUUUUAGUUCUUUUGUAAACUGUUAUCGUGUCUUUUUUGCUUGACUCCACUAUUAGUUUGAUCUAUCUCUUUUUGGCUUUGUCUCCUGUCUUAUGUCAUCAUGGUACGUUAUUCCUUAUGUUCACAUACUGUGUCUGUUUUUGGUCUCUCUUGUCUUGUUCAUUUUAUCUAAAGUCAUAAAGCUCUUAAAAACUAUUGAGAGAAAUUAACUUCAUCUCUAGUAACUUUGCAUGCUGUCCUUUUGUUAGAUUCAAACACAUUACUUAAACACUCCAGAAUUUAACAUAUGUGCUGAAUAUUUCACAUGCUAUGUGGAUGAAGUGGAUUUAGUGGAGGCAGUACCUUUAAUCUUGGAAUCAAUGACUCUUCUUGCAGGAUACCUUCAGAUGCAGCAUCCAGUGGUCUCCACCAGUGCCAAGACCAGGCAAGCCAUGCGCAUCACUUUGAAGUCACAACUGGACAAACUCCGACACUUGCAGAGAGAGAGAGCCAUUGGUCACCAAGAUGGUGCAUCACUAGAGAAGGUGCAUUUGACACUCAAUAAUAAUUAAUUAAUUGAUGAGGGUUAAUAGUUUUAGGGGGAGCCUGAUUAGAGGAGCUGGUGUCCAAGGUGAUGAGAUGAAGAGUUUGAGAAGCUGAUCUGGGGGGCUUGUCUGGAGGGGGUUAUGGGUUGUAAGGACAGCCAGAAAAUCAGAGUUUUAAAAUCAAAGAAUGAAAUCAGGGUUUGAGGAUUCAUUUGAAGAAAGUUGGGAUCAGUGUACCAUUGUUAAAGAGAUUGGGGACAUAUAUGGAGAGAUACAGGAUUUAAUGGAUCUGUCUGAGGAGUAAAGGGGUUAGAGUGCAGUGUGGGUAAAGGACAAUGUAAAAAAAAAAAAAAUUAAUUACCUGGUUUGUGUAAAUGGUUGGUAACCAACCCUGACAACCUCUGUGUAAAUGGUUUGGUGAUCAACCCCGAGGACCUCUGUGUAAAUGGCUUAGUGACCAUUCUGAAGAAAUAAAUGGAUUGAAAUUAUAUAAAAGACUGACUUAUUUUUAUUGGACAUUUAUAAAUUUAAAUUAUAAAAUAGUUUAACAUGUGAUUGAUCAUUCAUUGAAAUAUAACUUCAUUUUAUAAUAAGAAAAUUAAUUUCUCAUUAAAAAUUGAAAGUUUUUGUUAAAUUCAUAAAACAUGGAAUAUAUUUUUAGUUUUAAGAUGUAAUGUUACUAUUCUUUUAAUAUAUUUCUUCUUGCUGGUGAAAUUGACUGAUUCUCAGAAAAUCUGAUUUAGGGAGAUGAGCUAAUGAGAUUUGUAUAUAGUCUCAGAAAUUUGAUUAAUUGAGAUAAACUAAUGUAUAUUCUCAGAAAAUCUACACCAAACUGGCCAAGGUCAACAUGCAGUUGUUGAUCAUCACGCCUCCGAGCAAUGAUGAAAUCAUUUUUACUGUUCCCUGGAUCAGCAACAACCCAGAUUUAUUUAAGUUUAUCAAGGUAAGUCCAUUGUCUUGCUCUAGCAAUAUCUGGUGUCCAAUAUCAAGGCCUUCAUGUGGCUUAUAUCAAACUUACCUAAUUUAACCUUGUUUCCAUUUUCUUAUGAACCAACUUUUUCAUUAGUAACACUUAUUGAUGCAAAGUUUUUAAAAUACUGACAGGAAAAGUGUACAUGUUUUUGUCUUGGAGAGUAUGACUCUUGGUGGCAUUAUUAGUUUGGCUUAAAAUGUCCUAUAUUCUCCCCAAAGAAACACCAACUUCCUGAUUAUUUCGUAAAGAAUUUAAAAAAUCUCAUUGAAAAAAGAAAAACAUAAAUUGUCAUAAAUAAAAUAACAACCAUCAGAUCUGCUAAGUUGAAGUUUUCAUCUAAAAACUGACUCUGGUUUGGAUGAAGACUGAGAAAUUUGUGCACAUGCAUUUCACAUCACAAACCCUGUACCUACAGAAUUUAAUUUUUUAAAAAUUUAUUUGUCUGCUAUAUUCAUGAAAAAUAACUCAUGUAAUUAAAGUCAUUAAAAUUGUUUCAUGUGUCCGUAGAACUGAUAUACUGGUAAUAGACUUAUAUGAUCACUUUGAUCAUGUUUGUUAUGUGAUCUAGGCAAAAGGAAGGAAGCUUCUGUACAACCCUGGUGAUGUUAUUGUGACUCAGAUGUACACACCCAGGGGUAUAAGCAUCAUCCUAGAUGGAAUUGCUGUG